AUGGCUACCUUUCCAUCCCCGGUCGAACGAACUGUGGCUUCAGCUCUUCUCCUCCUUUCAACUCAACCUCCAAAGUUGACGAUCGGUUGUAGUGAUGGUGAGACGAAAGGAGAAACAAGCAUGAGCGAAGAAAAUAAGUUGAGAUUGAUGCCUUCGAAUGAAUCCGAAUCCGGCAGUUCCUCUCUCACGAGCCAUCAGUUAUCUUCACGUAAGCAACAGAAGCUACGGAUCAUCGCAGCCGUGGCUCGUUGCCAUGAGUUCAAGCUCAAGGUGGUGAAAAGGAGACGCUCGAAGAUCUGCUGGAGCUCCGAUGACCGUAAAACAUCAUCCUUCAAGUCAUUAAUCUCACGAAACAUGGCCACGGCUGAGACGACAUCGUGCUUGUCGAGCAGCUCAAGCGGCAUCUCAAGCGCGCGAAGCCAACCUAAAAGUACGACGUCCAAAACUGAGAAAAUACAAAGGAAGAGGCGCAUCGGCGGCUCCAAUCACAUGCGCUGCCGAGCCGAAGCCAUUUUGAAAUUGCUAUCCGGCGGCUGCUUCGCUGAGGUUAACAUCCGUCGAAUGCUCGGCGACAGUCCAGACACUAGCAAAGCCCUUCGAAUGUUGUUAAAGAAGGAAGAAGUGAAAAGGUCAGGAACUGGAGGGCAAAAAGAUCCUUAUAUUUACACGAUUGCAUGA